CUCUCAAUGGGAACUGCAUGCUCUCUAAAUCAACCAUCUAUUGAACAAUCUCCUCAAUUAUUAUUAGAUCACUAUGAUGUUAGAGCUUAUCCUUUUUAAUGUAAUGCAAAACUAUACACUCAUUGCCCUUCUAAAUAGGAUAUCUCUAAAAUCUUAGUAUAACAAUCCAAAGAAUUCAUUGAUGAAGAUUUACCUUCAGAUUCUAAUGGAUCCUUUUUUGAAAGUUCUCAUAGAAGAACAGAAUCUUAAAACACUUAAAGAAAUAGCCUAGAUUUCUCUAUAAAUAAGACAGAAAAUUAUAAAAAAGGAAUUCUUAAACAGCCUCAAUCUUUAAAAACGAUAAGUUAAAAAACAACUUAACAAAAAAAUAAGAAGAAGGUACGUUUUUAAAAGUCUAAAUUUGUUAAAAUGUGA